AUGCUGGGUUGGGUGACGAGAGCAGUGCAGGCCAUGCAGGAGAUGUUUCCGCUGGAGCUUGCUGAGCCGUGGGACAAUGUGGGGAUCCUGGUGGAAUCUUCCUUCACCGAAGAGGAAAUCGGCGAGUCUGGAGCCAUCCUGUUCACGAAUGACCUCACUGAGAAGGUUCUGGAAGAGGCGCUUUCGGCUGGGGCAAAGCUUAUUAUUACUUAUCAUCCUCGUCCCUUUGGCUCGUUCAAGAGGCUAAAUCUCUCCGACGUCACGCAACGGAUAGUGCUUCGCUGUGCGAGGGCGGGAAUAUGUGUCUACUCCCCCCACACUGCGUGCGACAAUGCAUCGGGGGGAGUGAACGAUUGGCUGGCACAGGCAUUUUCGUCGGAUCCUCAAUCAAUCAGCCCUGUCAAGCCCAUGAAGAUAGAAGGUAAUGUAAACAGCACGAUGAGGCUGGAGGCGCCAGUUGUGACAACUGUGCCUCGCCUGAAACCAGUCACACCCUCCAUCCCCUCCUUGGUGCUUCAAGACGCAUUUGAAGCCAUGGUGGCAGGUUAUCCUGGGGCAGGAUCCGGGAGGAUCGUACAGUUACAAGAGCACAUCUCACUGAAGGAUGCGGUGGAGGUGAACAACCCUCAAACCCUGCUCAAGUACUCCAGGUCUCACGUGCAGUUGUUGCGGCAGUGCCAAAGGGGGGCGAAACUCGAGAACAUCAAGAUCAAGAGUGUAGCGGUGCAAGCUGGGUCGGGAGGGAGCGUUCUGCUGGGGUGCCCAGCGGAUCUCCUCGUCAUGGGAGAGAUGAGUCACCAUGACGCGUUGGCAGCUAUUGCUGCUGGCUCGAGCGUCAUUCUUACAGAGCACUCAAAUUCUGAGAGAGGCUUUUUGCCCCAAAUGGUCGAUCUGUUGCAAACAAGGAUGCAGGCGGCAGGCUACGACAAGCUUCAAUACAUCAUCUCGACUACGGAUUCCGACCCUCUUUCAGUCGUCUAG